UGCACAUGUGGACCCACAGUGACAGAGAGACUCCAGACUCUGCGCUCCUGCGUGAAUCUCUGAGGACGAUCACCGAAACACUUUGUUAAGGAGUGACACGCUGGAUGAUUAAUUUUCCACUUCUGCAGGAUUAUUACUUUUCUUGGGUGAUAUUUUGUUUUAGAGCAGCCUGGAAAAUGGAUAUAAACAUUUUGAUUUCCGUGUUAUCAGUGAUGUACUCCUGGAUUUUGUGCACAGUCCUAUCAGCGCCUGCUGGAGAGACACCCACCGCUUCCACCGCCACCCAGGGGGGGCAUGUGCGGACCAAACGCUGCUCCUGCGCCACCUUCCUGGACAAGGAGUGCGUCUACUUCUGCCACCUGGACAUCAUAUGGGUCAACACGCCUGAGCGCGUGGUCUCCUACGGACUGGGCAACGCUCCGAGGACGAAGCGCGCGGUCGCGGACUCCAUGGCAACCGGCAGCGGACCCCGGUGCCAGUGUUUCCGCGAAGACGACAACACCUGCAGAAACUUCUGCCGGCUGGAAAAACACCUCAGGUAUGGGACGCUGCCAGGCGCCCGCCCCGCCGAGGGCGAUGGUUGUUUUGGGGCGCAGUGCAAGCACAAGCUGGCAGCCGACACGGGCAGGAUUAAGAGGAUGAAGAACAGCAACAAGAAACGUGUGUCUCCUCUAGCUGUCAGGGCCGCCUUGAAAACCCGCCUGCUGCUCGAGAUGUGGAGGGCCAGACAGCGCCACAGGGCGAGAGCAUGGGAGGGCGAGAGCACGGCCUCCUAAAGGAGGCAGAUAACCUCCGCGCCUUGUCAAACAGAGGGGGAAAGGGUUUCAUAACCAUGGGCCCUUCUCUAAAGCAAUCUGCCAGUGAGGAGCCCUGACGAAGACAGUGGAGAGCCCAGAGAAGGCAGGCAAACUUACUCCAUGUUGGCUUCACGGCUGCGGUGUCCGGAGGCGUCUGCAGCAGAGCAGAGAGCAUUUACAGCUCGACUUGGGUGCACUUCAUCGGACAGAUGAACGAGGUCUGAGACAAUACAGGCUUUCAGGUGGAAGAAGAUAAGCUGAACAGAGGACUUGGCCCCCAGCCUGCAAACUCAAGGACAUUCAUUGAACUUAUAGGUGUCAGGGUCAGACACUGUUGUUCCUUUGGACUAAAAAAAAAAAAAAAAUCAAAAACUUGACAUUAAU